ACGGAAUUAUUUACAUGUGACGCAGCUACACGGCUUUGAAGCGAAGUAUCCGUACAGAAAGAAUACCGAGUAGCUAUACUUGUGCGUUUUGUCUGGAACUCUAGGUGCUUCGUGUGUUUUCUGUUUUCGGUUCGUUGCUCUGAAACCUAUGUGAUGCUGUCGCCAUAUUCGUCCCCGUUUUUCUUAUUUUGUGAGUUUAAAAUUAAAUGGGAACUGAGGGUGCUACAGUUGAGACACACAUUUUGGUGCUGUCCUUCAUUUGGAAAAGCACCUUGCUCCAGACUGGUUUUGGGCAUUGAGACAAGCUGUGAUGACACUGGAGCUGCAGUGCUGGACGACACGGGUGAAAUACUGGGAGAGGCUCUACAUUCACAAAAAGAAGUGCAUCUUAGGACUGGUGGCAUCAUCCCCACAGUGGCCCAACAGCUCCACAGAGAAAACAUAGAGCGUGUGGUCCAGGAGGCUUUGGAGAGGAGCAACGUGGACCCAAGCCAGCUCUCAGCUGUGGCCACCACUGUGAAGCCGGGUUUGGGCCUGAGCUUGGGCAUCGGACUUGAGUUCAGUCAGAGGUUUGUGAGGCAGCACAACAAGCCCUUCAUCCCCAUCCACCACAUGGAAGCACACGCCCUGACCGUCAGGAUGCUUCAGCCUGUUGCCUUCCCCUUCCUGGUCCUGCUCGUUUCUGGCGGUCACUCACUCCUCGCUGUGGCUCGGGGAGUCGACGACUUUCUGCUUUUGGGUCACACUCUGGAUGAAGCUCCAGGGGAUACACUGGAUAAAGUGGCAAGACGUUUGUCCCUCAUAAAACACCCACAGUGCUCCACACUAAGUGGAGGACAAGCUAUAGAGCUUCUAGCAAAGGAUGGCGACAGGAUGAGGUUCCCUUUCAGGACACCUAUGGGACAAACGUAUGACUGCUGCUUUUCUUUCGCUGGGCUACGGAAUCAAGUUACAUUGACGAUAAUGAAAAAAGAGGAAGAGGAAGGUAUCGAACAGGGGACACUGUUGUCAUGCGUGAAUGACAUUGCAGCUGCUACACAGCACACAGUUGCCUCUCAUCUUGCAAAGCGCACACAUCGUGCCAUCUUGUUUUGUAAGGCAAACAGCCUGCUGCCAUCGAGCAGUCCCACCUUGGUGCUGUCUGGAGGAGUUGCAAGCAAUCAGUAUAUCCGCAAGGCUUUGAGCAUUAUCACUGAGACGACAGGACUACGUCUGCUCUGUCCUCCAGCCAAAUUCUGCACUGACAACGGAGUGAUGAUUGCAUGGAACGGUGUUGAACGCCUGAGAGAAGGGAAAGGGAUACUGCCUCCAAAUGUGGAUGUCUGCUAUGAGCCAAAGGCACCGCUGGGUGUUGACAUGACAGCGAAGGUGAAGGCAGCGGCAAUCAGGUUGCCAUCAGUCAGGAUGAAGAUCACCGACUGACAGACUGCUGGUUUUGUUCUGCACAAAAAAAGUGUUUUGUCACUCCUAGAUUUUCCCAGUUCAGGUAUAUACUGUGUAUAUACUAUAUAUGUAUAAGCACAUUAAACAGCUAUUUAUUAAUAAAUGUGUUUUUACAUGUC